AUGCCGCUGCCCAUCUUCAAAAAAUUAGAAAUGGGACUGAAGGACGUCGAGUUCUGCCACUGCUUUGAGCUUGCUCCCGAAUCGAAGAACAUAACAGUCGGUCAACUCCGUGAUGGAUUAAUCGUGUUGUGCGCAAAGCAAAACAUCACUCUAUUGGCAAUAUACGUUGGCGGCCGCCAAAUCGAUGCCGGGUACCGAGGAUGGAUGUUGUCGAUGAAAGCCAUCCCGGAGUUCGAUAAGGACAGAAAAUUUAUGUUCACGACUAAACAUAAGACUAACACCGGUAUUUUCAAUUACAUUAUAGGCAGCGCUGCUUUAGGAGCCAUAUCCGCUCCGAGCCUUCUCCUCGGUUUCGUUGCGAUGCUGGGUUUUAGCAAACCAGGUAUCAUUGCCGGAACACCUGGUGCUUACUUUAUGGCGAGCUACAAGGGGUCGGUUGCAGCGAGCAGCCUAUGCGCGGUUUUGCAGAGCAUCGGAGCGGCGGGUCUUACGUUUGUCGGUACCGCGACGAUCGCCGGUGUGGGAGGCCUUCUUGGCGUCGGCAGUAUUUUAGCGUGGAGUCUCAUCGGUAGGAGCCAACCCCACGACCAACAGUCAACCUACGCUUGCAAGAGUCAGGAUGGAAAAUCGCCCAGAAAGUCGUUCACCUAG